GAUAUAAUUUUGAAAUAAAAUACAAAAAAAAAUUAUAAUUUAUGUUAAACAUGUGUGGUCACGUGGUUCGGGGUCAAACGUUUCGCGGGAAGCAACAUGGCGAACGAGGGGACGUCCGUCAGUGCAGUGCAGUGUCCUGUUUGUUUCAAAGACUUCACGGACGUCACAAUUAACGGACAUCUCGACGAGUGUCUGCUGAAGAGCGUUACCGACAGUAGUACGUCCACCGCGGACGAGACUGGACCUCCAGUAAAGAAAUCUCGGAUUAGUGCGGAGGCUGUCAACAAACCUGUACCCAGCUCCUCCUCCUCCUCGUCCUCCUCAGCUUCCUCCAUGCCUGCUAGUCAGUCCUCGGCAACGUUUUCUAUGUUUCAGACCAACAAGAGCAAAGCUUCAGCUCAAAGUGAGCGGAAUGGUUUGUUUACAAGUAAACAACAAAGUCCUUCCGGGCCUGUCAACAAGGGGGUGAAACGUUUACUGACGGAGUCGGAGCCCGGAGAACAGAAUGCUACGGGAAGCCCGAAGAGCCAAACAUCUGUAUCCAGCCUAGAACAUGCAUCGCCACAGGCGUUGUUGUCAUCAAGCAAACCUCUGGCGGAGAUGCUGAGACCGCAGACACUGGAGGAUUACUUCGGUCAAAGUAAAGUUGUGGGACAUCAGACUCUCCUCCGGUCGCUGCUGGACUCCCAGGAGAUACCGUCUCUGGUCCUGUGGGGGCCACCAGGAUGUGGAAAGACCACCCUCGCCCACAUAAUUGCCAGCGGCAGCAAGAAGACGGGGACGGCUCGGUUCGUCACUCUGUCCGCCACCAGCGCGUCCGUCAACGACGUGCGGGAGGUGAUCAAGCAGGCGCAGAAUGAGAAGCGGCUGUGCAAGAGGAAGACCAUCCUGUUCAUUGACGAGAUCCACCGCUUCAACAAAUCCCAACAGGACACUUUCCUGCCCCACGUGGAGUGCGGGACGGUAAUUCUGAUCGGUGCGACCACCGAGAAUCCCUCCUUCCAGGUGAAUGCUGCCCUGCUGAGCAGGUGCAGGGUGCUGGUUCUGGAGAAGCUGUCGGUGGAGGCGAUGGGCUCGAUCCUGAACAGGGCCGUGGCCUUCCUCGGGAUCAGGGUCAAGGGACAAGAUUCGGUAAAUACUAACAAUGGCGACCGGACAAAUGGACACGAACCAAAGAUUUACAUUGAACAAAAAGCCCUGGACACCAUCGCCUAUCUGUGCGACGGCGACGCAAGAACGGGCCUCAACAGUCUCCAGCUGGCCGUUCAGGCUCAGAUGAACCUGAUGCGACCAAACCAGGCCGGCUCUCCUCAAGAGAUACUGGUGACGGAGGAGCACAUCAAGGAGGGUCUCCAGAGGUCCCACAUUCUCUAUGACAAAGCCGGCGAAGAGCAUUACAACAUUAUCUCAGCGUUGCAUAAAUCGAUGAGAGGCUCCCAUGCGAACGCCUCCCUCUACUGGCUGGGCCGCAUGCUGGAGGGAGGCGAGGAUCCGCUCUACGUGGCGCGCAGGCUGGUCCGCUUCGCCAGCGAGGACGUCGGUCUGGCAGAUCCCUUGGCUCUCACCCAGGCUGUGUCCGCCUUCCAGGCCUGUCACUUCAUAGGGAUGCCCGAAUGUGAGGUCAUCCUGGCUCAGCUGGUGGUCUACCUGGCGCGGGCGCCCAAGUCCGUGGAGAUCUACAUGGCCUACAACAACGUGAAGGCCUGUCUGAGAAACCACAAAGGGCCCCUUCCUCCCGUCCCCUUGCACCUCCGCAACGCUCCCACCCGGCUGAUGAAGCAGCUGGACUACGGGAAAGGCUACAAGUACAACCCGGCCUUCAGCGGCCCUGUAGAGCAGGAGUACUUACCUGAGGAGCUGCGGGAUAUUAACUUCUUCACCUUUACACCUUCGAAGCCAGGAGUGUAAUUACCUACUGUCUAAGGUAAAGCUGUAAACCAAAGCUACUGAAGAGAAAUAUGAUCUUAAUUCAAAUUUGCACUUUUUUUUCAUGAAUGUCUUUUGCAAAGGGAAGAAAAAAAGAUCCAUUUAACACUAGACCCAUUUAAAUUAGAUCAUCAUCAGCCAGACAUAAUAAGGCCUUUGCAUUUUCAGUUAUUUAAACAUUUACUAUGUUAACGUUCACGGUUUCAUUCCUUUUCCCUUUUAUUUCAUACUAUUUCUGAUCGAAGUGUUACGUAAUCUGUUACAUCUGUUGUUUUAUAAUCACCACAACCUGUAGAUAUUCUAAUAAAAAACAAGUCACAGAUACAAUGAGCAUUUCA